GAGAGAGAGAGAGAGAGACAGUUCAUUCAUCUUCUUCCAGAGAAAAGGUGAGUUUAGCACGAAGCUGUUAUACAUGAGCUGAGGAGCUGUUUUGGAGAAACACACGUCUUUGACUCUACAGCUGAGAAAAAGAAGGAGAAGAAGAAGAAGAAGAAGAAGUUUUUCUUCUUUUGGAGCUGUAAGGAGCUUUUUUCUUCCUCCAAAUAUUUGGUCAGUAAGUAGGUGAAGCAUCAUGGGGAAACACAACAGCAAGCUGGCACCAGAGGUCCUGGACGACCUGAUUAAGAACACCGAAUUCAAUGAGGCAGAGCUCAAGCAGUGGUACAAAGGCUUCCUCAAAGACUGUCCUUCAGGAAUUCUCAACCUCGAGGAGUUUCAGCAGCUUUACGUUAAGUUCUUUCCAUAUGGUGAUGCCUCCAAGUUUGCCCAGCAUGCGUUUCGUACAUUUGACAAAAAUGGUGACGGGACGAUUGACUUUAGAGAGUUCAUCUGCGCCCUGUCUAUCACCUCCAGAGGGAGCUUUGAGCAGAAACUGAACUGGGCAUUCAACAUGUACGACCUGGAUGGAGAUGGAAAGAUCACACGCAUGGAGAUGCUGGAGAUCAUUGAGGCCAUCUACAAGAUGGUCGGCACAGUGAUCAUGAUGCGCAUGAAUGAGGACGGACUGACCCCCCAGCAACGUGUGGACAAGAUCUUCUCCAAGAUGGACAAGGACCACAAUGAUGAGAUCACCCUGGAAGAGUUUAAAGAAGCCGCCAAGUCCGACCCUUCCAUUGUCCUACUGCUGCAGUGCGACAUGCAGAAGUAGAGGGGGAGGAAGAGAGGGAAGGAGGAAGAGAGUGUAAAUUAAAUAAGAAGAAAGGAUGAAAGAAAAGAGG